UUAUCUUUCUCUGAUGACUCUGAAUAGGUUGCCAGAACUGGAAAUCGGCCUAUAGCUGCUGGAGAAAUCAGUCGUUUACAGGCCCUGGUCUUCUUGAGUGGUCAACUGAGUUUGGCUCUUGCAGUUCUCCUGUGCUUAAAUGAUUACAGUAUUGUGCUUGGAGCUGCAUCGCUGGGACUAGUGGUCACUUACCCACUAACGAAGAGAUUAACAUAUUGGCCACAACUAAUUCUAGGUCUUGCAUUCAACUGGGGAACACUUUUAGGGUGGUCUGCUGUGAAGGGCUCCUGUGAUUGGUCAAUCUGCCUACCACUUUAUAUUUCUGGUAUCAUGUGGACAUUGAUAUAUGACACUAUUUAUGCACAUCAGGAUAAAACAGAUGAUGCUGUAGUAGGAGUGAAAUCAACUGCAUUAAAGUUUCAAGAACAGACCAAGCAGUGGCUAAUUGGAUUUAGCACAGUCAUGCUGACAGGAUUGACGGUGGUAGGACUAAACAGUGAACAGACAUUACCCUACUACACUGCUGUGGUGGCUGUUGGAGCUCACCUGGCUCAUCAGAUAUACUCAUUGGACAUAAAUAAUCCUCAAGAUUGUUGGAAGAAAUUCUGUUUGAAUCGCACAUUAGGAUUUAUACUGCUUUCUGGAAUUGUAUUUGGAAACCUGUGGAAAAGAAAGAAGACUACUCACAAUAGUGAAAAGGUGCAGCAUGGGCUAUAAUUAUUGACCAGCUUCUAAAUUAGAAAUCAAAAUAAUGCAAUAAAGCUUAAAGGUACCAUGUCCAUAUUGUACCUUUAUUGUUAUUAAACAAUUUUUUGUA